AUGGUUUUCGACAUUUGUUUGCAUCACAUGGGGAAGUUUGUUACUAAUAAGGGGCUACAAUAUGUUGAAGGAGAGAUACACGUGAUCAAAGGACUUGAUCCGGAUCGUUGGUCGUAUUUUGAAGCAGUUGGAAUAGUUAAAGAAUUUAAGUAUGAUGCAGACUUCAAACUAUGGUGGAAGGGGUUGAAACAAAGGCUGGUGAAUAAUGUGAGAUUAUUGAGUGAUGAUAGGGAAGCUAGAGACAAACCUAUCAUAACUAUGAUGGAAUGGAUUAGAACUUACAUUAUGAGUAGGUUUGCAACACUUAGAGAAAAAACAAAGACAUAUACAGGAGUUGUGAUGCCUAAAUCACAAAAUAGGCUUGAUAGGGGAGUAGAGAAGAGUGGAAAUUGGAUUCCAACUUGGACAGGGGCUGUAAAAUUUGAAGUCACUCACGGAUUUACAAUGGAUAAGUUUGUAGUUGACUUAAGUAACCAUUCAUGUAGUUGUUACUUUUGGGAUUUGGUAGGAAUACCUUGCAGGCACGUUGUGGCUGCCAUAAAUUACAAAGUAGAAAACCUUGAAGACUAUGUACAUCCUUAUUACAAGAAAAAGGCUUAUGAAACUUGUUAUGGCCCUAAAAUUGUUCCAAUCAAUGGACAACAAUUGUGGUCUACUUCUGAAUCUGGUGCACUACUGCCUCCAGUUUAUAAAACACCCCUUGGGCGACCUAAAAGACUAAGAAGAAGGGAGGCUGAUCCAUAUGUGAGUCAUACAAAAUUGUCAAAGAAGAAUCUUGUUAUGAAGUGUAGCAGCUGCAAUAAAUUUGGUCAUAAUGUAAGAACAUGUAAAAGGGGAUAG